AUCAGUGGACCGGUGAGUUCUUGCGGGCGAUUAUGCUGAUUGCGGUCACCCAUCCGAAUACACCUUCGCUUCGCCUAGACCUGGAAGCGAACACGAUAUGCGCAGUGCAACAAAAUAUGUCAGCAGAGAAGGGGUUAGUACGAAAUGUGCGCGUGCGCAUCACUGCUCUGCGCCGACGGUUCAUCAAAGUGCAAAUUCCACAGACAUGCGAAGUUCGUUAUCUGCCUCACAUCACUUUCGCCUUUGAUCCCGCGCGUUCGAAUUGGAUGGCCAACCGUAAAUGAUUUCCAUUAAGAACCAUACAAGACGAAUGUCUUAGUCUAUCAUCAUAGGGCUACUUCAAGGUGCCUCUGGCCUGAGGCCUCAAACUCAAAGUUGUUUCAUUCUACAUAGGUAAAGUUCUGACUCACAAAGAAGUAUAAAUGUCCAUCACCGUGCAGAACAAAGUUUGUCUUGUUAUC